AUGCAGGCAGCCUGGAUAGUGGCAUGUGUAAUCAACAGCACUUAUACCUCUGUUUGGGACUUAAAAAUGGAUUGGGGGUUACUACAACCUCAUAGUCGAAACCUUUUGCUUCGAAAUGAUCUUGUUUUUUAUCAUUGGGUAAGCACUUACUACGUCGCUAUGCCUGUCAAUGUGAUUCUUCGCUUUUCCUGGCUUGUCAACACUGUGAGCAUUCCUUUGGGAGGCCAAGUUCUUGGAUUUAUAUCAGGAGCAUUAGAAGUAUAUCGACGCUUUCAGUGGAACUUUUUCCGAUUGGAAAAUGAACACUUGAACAACUGCGGUCAAUUCCGUGCCAUCAAAGAAAUUCCACUUCCAUUCACAGUUAUGGAAGAGACUGGAAGUCGUCGUGGUAGUGAGAUACGUCUUCCCACCGACGAUACGGAAAGAUACCCCGAAGAAGAAAUGACGAGUGUCUCGCGCCGCAACACUUUGAGGAAAAUAUCAUCUCGCCCAAGUUCUUCUCAAGGAACAUUCUACGGUAGACGAGAUUUCGAAAGCAAGCAUGAUGAUGACGCUGACGCUAAAGGCAAGCCGUCAGAUGGCGUAUUCAACCGCAUAACAAACUUGGUGGCUCAUUCACCUGAUAGUGACUCAGAAGAAGAUGACGAUGACGAUGAAGAAGGCGCUCAUAGUGAUCAUUAA